AUGACCACUGAGAAGGAGAAGGAGACCCCAGCGACAAUGCUACCGGCUUCUAUCGCUAUCUGCAAAAUAAGCCUUCUCGGCAAUAUUCAGUAUGUUGCCUUCGGCCUUGGUAACAGCAACUACCAACACUACAACCGUGUAGUAGGCGUGGUAGUCACUGCUAUCGACGGCCUGGGAGCUCGAGCACUCAUGUUUGUGACCAAGGCUGAUGACGCUGACGGAAACACUGAGGAGAAGUUUCCCUCCGAAAAUCCCGGUCCCAACCCCGACUUCGAUGAGAUUUUGUUCAAGCACUAUUUGGAGAUCAGCGCCGCCGUGUCAGCAGACACCCUUGGCUCACUUCUUCAAUCCGCUCCAUCUCUAACUGUCCGAUUGUUCUUGGGACAAUACGUCAAAGACAGGCAAGCUUACAUCCAGCUCGCGGAAGAAAACCACCUGACGCUGGGACGCCUGCUACGCAUGUCUGCUAUCAAGGGGGGUUUGUCCAAAGACGGCGACUGGGCCAACCUCUCACUAUCAUUCGUCGCCGAAGUCCUCGAAGCCCUGCGACCCAGGUUGUAUUCAAUUUCCAGUAGCAGUAUGCUCGCGCCGCGGAAGCCAGCGAUCACAGCUCUUGUGGUCGAAAAGCCCCUGCGCAACCUAUCAUCAAAGAACGAGUUUUUCCCUAGCCUUCACGUAGCAAUCCGAAAAUCUAAGUCCCAUCCGCCUGCCGCAACCAAAGACAUCAUCAUGAAAGGUGCGGGAACUGGAAUCGCACCCUUCCGCGCAUUCUUGCUGGAGCGCGCCCGUUUUCACGCCAUGUCGCGCCCUGUCGGACGUACGAUCCUCUUCUUUGGCUGCAGAGAUCCCAAGGAGGACUACAUAUAUCAAGAAGAGUUGGAGCAGGCUGCCACUAGUUUACCUGGGGCUGAGAUUGUCACAACCUUUUCGAGGACUCAAUACCCUGGCAAGGCGGGUAGGGGCUAUGUGCAGGACGCUGUUGCUCGCGGGUAA